AGAACUCAUAAGCCCUCAUCCAAAAGCAUGGCCUCUGCCCGACGUCUCCUUGGUCCACCAGAAGCUGUUGAUGUCGCAGGUAACUUCUUUCCAGACCAAACACCCGCUGUUGGUUCCAUUUUCUCCAUAUCCAGCCUCCACCUUAGCGGAGAACAGCGGACAGUUGAUCAUGAUGUCUUCCAAGACGCCGACUGCCGCUUUAAAGACACCUACCUCAACGGCGACGACGAAAUGCCACCUAUGGGACUCACGGAAAACCUCUCUGCGACUUUUUUAUCGGCUGGGAACCCCUGUCUCGACUUCUUCUUUCACGUGGUGCCCGAUACCCCGCCCGACGAUCUGAUCCAACGGCUCCAAAUCGCCUGGGCUCGCGACCCUCUCGUCACCCUGAAACUGAUUUUCAAUCUUAGGGGUGUGAGAGGCACAGGAAAAUCGGAUAAGGAAGGAUUCUAUACCUCCGCUAUUUGGCUCCACAAAACCCACCCUAAAACCCUGGCUCUCAACAUCGGAGCUCUCGCGGAUUUCGGGUAUCUCAAGGACUUGCCCGAGAUUCUCUAUCGUAUCCUCGAAGGCCGCGACGUGCGCAAACUCGCGAAGGAAGCCAGGGAGGAAACGACGAGAGCGAGACUUAACCGGAGAAAUAAUUCCAGGAAAUUGAAGAGGGGAAAAAGGGGGAAGAGCGAGGAUGUUUCGGAGGAGCAUGUACUGAAGAAGGUCCGGGAGAUAAGUGGGGCUAUUGAUAAGGAGAAGGCUAGGGCUUUGAGAAAAGGUAGGGAGAUUUCCAAUGCUAAAAAGGCUUUGGAACGCUAUAACAACGACUCGGAUUAUCGGUUUCUUUUUGAUUGCAUCUGCGAUGUGUUUGCCGAUCUUUUGAAAUCGGAUAUUGGAGCUUUGGGUCGCGGGGAGGUUCAUAAGAUUAGUCUUGCGGCGAAAUGGUGCCCGUCGAUUGAUUCUUCGUACGACAAGUCUCUGUUGAUAUGCGAGGGGAUUGCCCGGCGGGUCUUCUCGCGAGAGUCCGAGAAAGAGUACGAAGGUAUUGAUGAGGCGCAUUACGUGUAUAGGGUACGGGAUAGAUUCAGGAAGCAAGUUCUAGUCCCGUUGCAUAAGGCGUUGGAGUUGCCAGAGGUUUUUUUGAGCGCCAAUGAGUGGAACUCGUUGCCGUAUAAUAGGGUUGCUUCGGUUGCCAUGAAGACCUACAAGAAGUUGUUUUCGAAGCACGAUAAGGUGAGGUUCGAGGAGUAUCUGGAGAAGGUGAGGAGUGGGAAGGCGAAGAUUGCCGCCGGGGCACUGCUUCCCCAUGAGAUGAUCGAGUCGCUGAAUGAUGAAGAUGGUGGAAAAGUGGCUGAGCUUCAGUGGGAAAGAAUGGUUGCUGACCUUUCUAAGAAAGGGAAGCUCACGAAUUGCAUCGCGGUUUGUGAUGUCUCGGGGAGUAUGUCUGGGACACCCAUGGAGGUAUGCGUGGCGCUGGGGCUAUUGGUUUCGGAGCUUAGUGAAGAGCCUUGGAAGGGGAAGGUGAUUACAUUUAGUAGCAAUCCUCAGCUUCAUUUGAUUGAAGGGUUUACACUUCUGGAGAAGACUGAGUUCGUAAGGCAUAUGGACUGGGGUGCCAAUACCGACUUUCAGAAAGUCUUUGAUCAAAUAUUGCAAGUUGCGGUUGAUGGCAAGCUUACUGAGGAGCAGCUAAUUAAGAGAGUCUUUGUUUUUAGCGAUAUGGAAUUUGAUAAUGCGUGCGGGCUGUAUUAUGAUGAGUAUGAGGGGGAGAUAAGAGGAACGAUGCCAGGAUGGGAAACGGAUUAUGAGGUUAUACAAAGGAAGUUUAGGGAGAAAGGAUACAACAGGGUGCCGGAGAUCGUGUUUUGGAACCUAAGGGACUCAUCCUCCACUCCGGUGGUAGCGAGGCAGAGUGGGGUGGCACUGGUGAGCGGGUUUUCAAAGAAUUUGCUGACUAUUUUCUUGGAGGGAGGUGGGAUUGUUAACCCCGAAGAUGUGAUGGGAAUAGCUAUCUCUGGGAAAGAGUACAAGAAACUUGUCGUAUAUGAUUGAGAUAUAUCAAAACAUAGGAUGCUCAUAAAUCUUCUCUUGAAUUAAGAGUGUUUAUUUUGAAA